UUGUUGAAGCUUUUUAUCACGAUUGCACUGUCGGGGAUAAUAACACCAUCUCUUCAACUUCCUUCAUGUCGAAAAAGUUUUCUACCGCCUCGAAAAACACUCAAACGUCUCCGCCAAAAUUUCAUAUUCGUCGAGACAACAUUCUUUGGAACGCCAAGGCAAAAAACUCGCUACGUCGAUGCACAGCGGUCAGGAAACUCAAUUUGUCCCUGGAGAUGGGUUCACAAUGACAACCCAAAUCGUGUCCCUCGAUUCCUGACUAAGGCCGUGUGUCCUAAUUGUAAGCAUUACUGCCAUGCAAUACGGUAUUCCCACAGGGGCCUGGUGCAGAAGUGUGACGUCAGAACAGGGGAAGCAGUGUGGCAAUGGACCGUGGUUGAACUUCCGGUGGCAUUCAUUUAUGAUCCCUAA